UGAAACAAAAAGGCAGAACCCUUGGAGAUACCCUUAUACCCAAAAGGUUUCCUCAAGUGCCCUCAAAACUGAUUUCUUGAUGCAAAGCAAGUCCGCUAAUUUGCUAUGGAUUCGACGAGUCUCCGCCAAGUCACUUAUUCCUCCCUGUACCACCCUUUCUCUUCAAAAUGGUUCUUCUUCAACAGUCACUCAGUUCAUCAUCGCAUAAACUUGCUAAAAAAAGCAAGAUUGAAUUCCAAUUUGAAGCCUCUCCUCCUCCGAGUGUCACUGAGUUGGGACAAAGUUUCUUCGAUGAAUGGGAAUCCAAUUCCUCAGAAUUCCUUCCAAGAUUCCCCCCAGUUUGUGGAAGUCAUUGGAAUUGGCAGUAGAAAAGACGCUGUUCUCGACUUCUGUUUGGAUUCUCCUUUCCUUUCUUCUUCUUCUUCCAGAUUUUGGAAUAUUCUAAUUAAAGAUUCAAUGAAGGUCCAGUUACAACAAAGGUUCUCUGGAAAAGAUAUCGCGCCAAUGGCUGUGGAAGCUCCAUUAGCCUUUCAGUCACGUUCCAAAGCAGUUAUACUUGUGGCUAGUGCAGCUUAUGGCUCGGAUCACAUGAGAGUGGCUGAUAUUCUUAAGAGAGUAAAAUCUGCAAAUGGAUUGGCUGUUGGCAUCAUUCUCAAACCCUUCAGCUUUGAAGGAAGAAGGCGCAAAGAUGAGUCACAUCAGAUAUCAGGCUUCUCAAGAAAGUAGCAUAUUCACAAGACUGGCCCAGCAUUUUCCUUUCAUUUUCAAUCUUUUAAGGAGGCAACCUUCACAAUAUGAUGACACUCAAGAAAGCUAUUUACCUGAAAAUCUAUCUGUUUCUGAGGUGACAAAUUCACAAGACUGGUGUGAAGUGCCAAAUGUCAUUCCUGCAGAUGGAAUGGCUGAAGGUUUUGGCUUUUAUUCUGCUGAACUCCAGACACUAUUCAGCAACAAUAGCGACGAAAUAGAUUAUUUGAGUUGUAGUUCUGAGCAAGACGAGGUUGAAGUUUCAGAGACUGUUAUUGAUUCAUCAAAUUUCUAUGACCCAAAUACUGAAGGAGCACCUGCUUUUCAAAGGGAGCCGCUCAUUCGACAGAAUUUGGGGCCAGCCAAUGAUUCUGGAGCCACUCCAACGCUUGACAAUCUAAGCAUCUACAGACUUCCAGUUGGUGUAAAGCCAUCAGAAGAGUUGGAAAACAUUCUCAGUAUCUCAAAUACUGUUCAUUUGGAGAAAGUUACUGGGGAUGAUAUGAAGGCCCUAACUCAGAUUACUCCAAGGAUGUCAUGGGAUGCAUUAACUGAUGCAGGUUUUGAAGUAGUUUCAGAAUUUUAUGAUAAUGCUUCUGCCUUGUUAAAGGGUAAUGACACUGAUGUUUCUAAGAAGCAAGGAGUUCUUUCUGUUCGUGCAGCAUCUAUGUUGGAAGCUGAACGAGAUACACAAAAGAAAUGGAACCCUAUAGUGGAGAUGAAAUACAGAGGAGGAACAUAUAAAGGGCGGUGCCAGGGUGGUCUGCCUGAAGGGAAGGGCCGGCUGUCUCUUGGGGAUGGGAGCAUUUAUGAUGGCAUGUGGCGCUAUGGUAAGAGAUCAGGUCUAGGUACAUUAUACUUCAGAAAUGGGGAUGUGUUCCAGGGAUCAUGGAGGGAUGACGUCAUGCAUGGAAAGGGUUGGUUGUACUUCCACACUGGGGAUAGAUGGUUUGUAAAUUUUUGGAAGGGAAAGGCCAAUGGUGAAGGGCGUUUCUACUCAAAGCGGGGUGAAAUCUUUUUCGGUCAUUUUAAAGAUGGAUGGCGACAUGGCCAUUUUCUCUGUAUCAAUGUUGACGGAGCAAGGUGUCUUGAGAUUUGGGAUGAAGGUGUUCUUGUAAGCCGUAAGCAGCUAGACUCAGAUGAUGGUGGAGCUGAAUAAACCGUUUGUAGCUUGUAAUGUUGUGCAAGUUCGUACAUCUUAUGCCUGAAAAUUUCUUUGAAAAGUAUCGGACAAAUGGGAAAUGUGAAAAGUAAUUACAAGUGAGAAGUACCCCCAUUUUGUACAGUUUUCACUUGCACCGGGGCACAUGUCUCACUUGCACUCUUCCCAUUUAUCUAAUAUUGCUCCAAAUUCCUAGGUAAGUGAAGUUAUUAACAAUAUUCCCAGUUCAGUGAAAAGAAAUUGUAUGUCAACACUUGAUUUUAUACAGAGUGGAGCAGCUUCUUAUUUAUGUAAGUCUCCUCAAACAUGUAUGUAUAUAUAUAUAUAUAUAUUUGGAACCCACCUACAUUGGAAAA